GCAGCAGCUGCAGCAGCUGCUGCUGGACGUGUUGGAGAAACGCUCUGAGGCUUUCGUUUGCUUCUUCCAGCUGUUUUCUGCUUGUUUUCCUGUUCGGUUGGAGCAGAGAAACUUCUGCCUGCAGAGGAAACGCUUCCAAGCUUCAGAUUCCUGUUGUUGAUGUCAGGCUUUUAUUGUGAAGGCCUGUUGGGCUGUGAUUGGCUGGCAGCUGCUGGUGGAAAUGUGUUUUAUGGGGACAACAGUUUCGAUGAAUCAAGUGGAUCAGUUAGCUCGGAUGAUCGUAACCAUGGCGACCUGAAAGACAGCGGCGAGUUGAUGAGAAGCUUCUGUUCCUUCUGCUCCAGCAGAGCAAGAAGAGGGUUGGUGAAGCUUCAGUGUCACUGUGAGGUCAGAGGUCAGCGGUGUGGUGCUCAGCUCAGCCAUCAUGGAGUUGACUCAGAGUUGGAAUUGUUUGCUCUGGUUCCUCUCUGCGUUAGUCACCAGGCGAAGCUCUUAAAGCUGCAGGAACCUCAGCAGCUCGUUAAACCCGACAUGAUGUGGAGAAAUUCCUGAGCCACUUGAUGAUGUCACAGCCCCACCUCCAACCCGACCUCCAUCCCAACGCCUGUCGAUGCGUGUUGCUCAAGGUUACAGCGCCACCUACAGGCCUUCAUCUGACCAACGCUGUGCUGCUGAUGUUAUACUAGGGCCAGGACUUCAACCUGCUAAUGUAGAUUAAUUACAUAGAUUUUGAUUUGUUAAAAAGUUUGACACAAUUAAACAAUUUUUUCUUGUUUGCAUACAAAAAUACCGAGGCGGAACCUUUGCAUUCACGUGUUGCUGGUACAACUGUAAAUCUGACGCACAACCACAUCGCUAACAGCAGCAGUGGAAGCGGAUUCUCUUAAUUUCUGCUUCUAUGCGAUCUGAUUGGACGCUGGAAAACACUUCUGUCGUGUUCAAGUUGAGCCAAAAGCAGUUAGCCUAUCAGUGAAGCUAUGCUAGCCUAAAAUAGCAUCACAAUGCUAACAGGUAGCAGUUAAUGCUAAUAUCAGCGUCCAUAGUCCACAUGUCUAAAGAAGCUCCAUGAACGAUCUGACUAUAAAUAUGUUCAACUCCGACUGAGAAAAUCUUUUUAAAGUGAAAAUGGUUUUUGGUUAAAAGCAAUUAAUUAAUUCCAGACCCUGAAAUAAACCGAAUUAAAUUUUAAUUUAGGCUGACUUCUAGUUUAUUAUUUUAAUAGUUCUGUUCAUUUUCAUAAAGAAACAUGGAGAGAAAUGUGAACAAUAAAGUCUAAACAAGAUCACACGUUAACUAAUCCAGUCUGCCUCUAUCUAACCACGGGGUGACCGGUCUGUCUGCUGCUGCUGGUUAACAAACAUGUAGAAACACCGUAAGAUUUGGUCGCAGCUUCCUGUGAAGGACUCUAGAAACACGAUGGUUUGUGAUAUUUUCUUUGCCAGACAUGAUGCCCAACACUCGUCUGGGAAAACGCUCGCCGUUCGGAGCGCUGGUCGGCCCCGAGACCACCAGGCCCGGCGUCGUCGUGGCAAUGGGGCCACAGGGCAUCAGCAGGGUCAGAGGUCACAGCGACCUAAAGGUGUUCUUCCAGUGUGACGACGCAGGCGACCCACGGGCCGCGAACACCUCCUGCGGCAGGUCCGUCUCCACCUGCAUCGACGUUCCCAGAAGCCGCAAUGCGCCGCAGGAAGUGGACAUGGACGAGCUAAUGGCCGCCAUGGUGCUGAGCAGCCUGUCCUGCAGCCCGCCGCCGCCACAGGGCUCCGCCCACAAAGACACGACAGCUCCUUUGACAGACGGUGGCGCCGUUGAGCUCUCGGUCAGCGGCAGCAGCGGCUACUGGAGCGUCGAUCCCAAAAGCCCCGCCCCUUCCUCACCAACAGACGAAGCCAGAGGCGGGUCAGCCACGCCCCCUGACGAGGGCUUGGACAUGGAGCUCAACCAGGUUCUGUUUGAAGAACCGGCGCCGCGGAAACGCAGGAAUUCACUGAAGGCGGCGUUCCGCUGCCUGUGGCCGGCCUGCGGGAAGGUUCUGACGUCGGUGGUGGGAAUCAAACGUCACAUCAGGACGGUUCACCUGUGCCACGGCGGCGAACACGAGCGAUGCUCUCGCAGCGAGGAAGACUUUUACUACUGCGAGAUCAACCAAUGGGAGGAGCCGCACUGUCAGUCUCCUCCCUCUGCUCCCCCGCCGCCGCCCCCCUCCCCUCCCAUCGGCAGCGCUCUGAGCCGCUCUGCGCCUUCACCCUGCAGCAGCUUCUGGCAGGUCCAAUCAGAGCACUCCUACCAGGCUCCGCCCCCAAGUCAGGUGGUUUCACAAGCAGCUUCCUGUCUUUUGACGGCCCCGCCCACCACAUGCAGCAGACAGGGAGCACCGUUCCGGGUCCGGUCGGUCAGCGUGGGAGAGCAGUGGCUGCAGCAGCACAGCGCCCCCUGCAGGCGGAUUCGGAGCGAGGCCAAGAAGUGUCGGAAAGUUUACGGCAUCGAGCACCGAGAGCUGUGGUGCACAGCCUGCCGCUGGAAGAAGGCCUGCCAGCGCUUCCUGGACUGAUUCCAGGAGAUUCCAGUCCAUGUUUUCCUUCAGCCUUUAUUUGAUGAUGAUGUUCUGCAUGGAGCAGUGAUGAUGAGAUGCAGACCUUCAUCCUGCAUGUUUCCAGGCUGCUGGGUCAUCUCAGGUCGGGUCAGGGAGGAGGAUGAACACCGCCAAAUAUUUUUAAUUUCAGCUGCAGUUUAUUCAGUGAUCCAGCCAAUAGGAAGCCAGCACUUAUGAGGAGGCGUGGCCUCCCAGUCCUCCGAGUUCUCCAGAAGGUGCUACUCGUUCGGAGGUCCGAACCCGGUUCCUCAAACGGACAUUAGGUCCGUUUGUUUUUCUACAUUAUGUAAAUAUUGAUGUUGUAAUAAAGCAGUAAAACCUGAA